AGAAAACACCGUACGUUUGCGCGUUGUUUGCGGCUUACUUACAGGGUGAAAGCGGUAGCACACCUGCGUUGAAGCUGUCUUGUCUUUUUUCUUUCUUUUACGUAGGCGUUUGCGUUCGUCCACUUGUUCACGUGCACUUCUCCAUAUCUCCUAUCUUUGCUUGGCGUGUAAUUCCACCUGGUUUAAAACUUUCAGGGCACGUGCGUCUCCUUUCCUUUCUUUAGAGCUUGUUGUUACAUAUAUAUCAACUCAACUUCAUGGAGGACACAAUAAACGUAUUCGGCCGUGGCACCCCCGCCGGCGAGGCGAUCUACCGCUGCUACGUCACCCCGUCGAAGCCGAGCACCUUAGACCCGCAGCUGGCCGCGCUGUUGGCGAAGCGCCGCCAGGAGCGGGAGGCCGCGGAGGCGGCACAGUUCCACCCGAAGUCCAUUCCAAAGUCCCAGGCCCCGGUGAACCGCCCACGGGUGGGCGUGGGGAAGCGACCGACCGACGAGGAGUGCGCCAAGUGGCGCCUGCAGCAAAUCCCGCAUCGUCGCUCAAAGGCGACGAUUGAGGCGGAGGCACUGGCGGCCACCGCGCUCCCCCCACCACGCAACGGGCGUUUUGCUAAACCCCCGGUGACCGAGGCAGAGAAGGAUCGACUUGCGGAUGUGAUGGCCUACGGUGCGGAGCUGCCCAAGCCGAAGGAGCUGACAGGAGCCCAACGCGUGCGAUACAACCGGCUAAACAAGCGAGCGGAGCUGGAGGACCGCUUUGACGCGUUGCUUCAAUCCGCGCAGGACAUCCAGAAGGAGUUGGCGCAGCUGCGUAAAGGACUGCCGACUCCCGCAGCGGUCACGUCGAGUCAGAACGGAGAGGCCUCCGCACCUUCGCAGGAGCUACCUGCCGGGCGCAACCUACGUAGCGCCGACACCAGCGGUAAAAGCGCAUCGUCCGAUGUGCCGGUGAGGGGGGUCGGGACCACCUCUCUCGCGGUUGCGGACGGGCUCAGCGUCGGGGGCACCCGACUGGCCCGCCAGGGCAACGGCCUCACUAAAGUGGAGCACCGCAGUCGCGAGCGUGAGCUGCAGGAGCACCUGACCACCGUCAUCUCAGAGAUGGAGGCGGUGGACCACGAGCUGAAAGGGCUCCCUACAACGGCGUAA